AUGUCGAUGGACCCAUUAUCGAUUGGGAUCGGCAUUCGGCUAUGUACCGCUAUAGUGCUAUAUCAAGGACAGGCAAUCGAUAGGCCUGAAUCGCGUGGUCGGAAUCCUAUAGAACCAAAGGGCGCGCAAACACCUUUAGCACCCAAGCAUUAUAUCGAUCCGUGCACACUUCUCCAGGCACAAUUGACGUCAUGCACGAAUACCGUGGGCCAAGUGGCUGCUAUCGAGGCACUGACGUACGAGUUGGAGUGCAUGGAGAAGGACAAGCGCCGCAUUACAGAUGUGAUGAAAAAUCUGGACACGAAGCGCCGCUAUAUCGUCAAGAGACUGACCGCUAUGCCAAACGAAAAAAGGUGUUCACGGCGGACAAGAGCAUGCCGCUUGGCGGGCGUUGAUGAUUUCUGUGAGCACCUGCUCAUUGCAGUAGUGCCUGGCUCGGAAUGUGGUGACGAGUUUGGCAUGCGCAUUUUUGCGCAUUCUUAA